CUGCGGAGCAUGCGCAGAAGGCGGUCGAGGCGCAUGCUCCGUGGAGCUCCCGGGUCCGCGGCUCCCGCGUCCGCGCCAGCUCCGGGGGCCCACAGAGUCCCUGCGGGGCCGCGGGCAUGGCGGCCAGCCUGUGGAUGGGCGACCUGGAGCCCUACAUGGAUGAGAACUUCAUCUCCAGAGCCUUUGCUACCAUGGGGGAGACAGUGAUGAGCGUCAAAAUUAUCCGAAACCGCCUCACUGGGAUCCCGGCUGGCUACUGCUUUGUAGAAUUCGCAGAUUUGGCCACAGCUGAGAAGUGUUUGCAUAAAAUCAACGGGAAACCCCUUCCAGGAGCCACACCUGCAAAGCGUUUUAAACUGAAUUAUGCCACUUAUGGGAAACAGCCAGAUAACAGCCCUGAAUACUCCCUCUUUGUGGGGGAUCUGACCCCAGAUGUGGACGAUGGCAUGCUGUAUGAGUUCUUCGUCAAAGUCUACCCCUCCUGCCGGGGAGGCAAGGUGGUUUUGGACCAGACAGGCGUGUCUAAGUUAUUGAAUAUAUAUGGUUCCAUAUGCAACCCACUCCAGUACUCUUGCCUGCAAAAUCCCAUGGACGGAGGAGCCUGGGGUUAUGGUUUUGUGAAAUUCACAGAUGAGCUGGAACAGAAGCGAGCCCUGACAGAGUGCCAGGGAGCCAUAGGACUGGGGUCUAAACCAGUGCGGCUGAGCGUGGCCAUCCCCAAAGCGAGCCGUGUGAAGCCAGUGGAAUAUAGUCAAAUGUACAGUUAUAGCUACAACCAGUAUUACCAGCAGUACCAGAACUACUAUGCCCAGUGGGGCUAUGACCAGAACACAGGCAGCUACAGCUACAGCUAUCCCCAGUACGGCUACACCCAGAGCACCAUGCAGACGUAUGAAGAAGUCGGAGAUGAUGCAUUGGAAGACCCCAUGCCGCAGCUGGAUGUGACCGAGGCCAACAAGGAGUUCAUGGAGCAGAGCGAGGAGCUGUACGAUGCGCUGAUGGACUGUCAUUGGCAGCCUCUGGACACGGUGUCUUCAGAGAUCCCUGCCAUGAUAUAGCCAGGACAAGGGACAAGCCAGAAUGGACUUGUGAGGAGAGAAGAGACUCCUUUUUUAAAGUUGCCGCAAGACUUUUUUGAAAUGUUUCAUAAAGAUUUUAGUAAUCAACCGUUCCUGCAAUUAUAUUUUUCCUCUAACA